CACCCACCCAGCCGCCCGCUCGUCCACCCUCACUACACGGCGCACGUCCGUACCUGACACAAAUCCCUCCGCUCGCUCGAACCUUGGUGCGCUGCACGUUCGUUUCUUCACACCACUCACGACCUGUCGCCGCCGCAUCCACGAGCCGCAAACCUCAGCCUCGAGCCGUCCGUCGCCUUCGCUUCCGUACGAUUCCUCGAUAUCCACUCGCCUUAGAACACCGGCGCCAUGGGCUUCGGUGAUUUCGACUCGGUAUGCAGCAAGGCGCCUAUACCGCUAUGCGCCAUGGUCGGUCCGCCCUCGUCCAUAUCCUCGUCCGGCCACGGCAUACAAACAGUCUGCUUUGCGCGCGCCGUUGAACUAGCAAACACCAUGAUUUUCGAAACCGCGAACGACUUUAUACACAUUGCUGCGCUCAUAAUGACCACUAUCAUGAUCGUCCAUGUGAGGUCCAAGUUCACCGCUGUCGGCCGCAAGGAGAUUACGACCUUUUUCUGCAUCUAUGGUCUUCUCACCAUAUUCUCUCUACUUCUCGACUCCGGCGUCAUACCUCCGGGCAAUGGCGCCUUUGCCUAUUUCGCCGCCGUGCAAAACGGUCUUUCUUCCGCGCUCUGCACCUGUCUCCUGAUUAACGGCUUCGUCGGCUUUCAACUUUACGAAGAUGGGACCACAGUCUCAGUAUGGUUGCUGCGCAUCAGCUCUCUGGUCAUGUUCAUCAUCUCUUUCGCCGUAUCUCUGCUCACAUUUAAGGGCUGGGCUGGUUUGGGGCCUGAGAAUACGGUCGGCUUGUUUGUCGUCGUGUACUUGUUCAACGCCAUCUUCCUAUUCGUCUACGUCGUGAUGCAGUUGUUCUUGGUCCUGAACACCUUGCAAGACCGCUGGCCGUUGGUGCACAUAUUCUUCGGCGUCUUCUUCUUCGUCGUCGGACAGGUCUUGUUGUAUGCCGUCAGCGACAUCAUCUGUGAGCGCGCCUCGCAUUACGUUGACGGGCUAUUCUUCGUCACAAUCUGCAACCUGCUCGCUGUGAUGAUGAUCUACAAGUAUUGGGACUCCAUUACAAAGGAAGACCUUGAAUUUAGCGUCGGCAUCAGGACUCAUAACUGGGAAGUCAAGGAACUUCUACCUGAGGCUGACCGCACUACGGCCUACCCCGACUCGGACUACGCCAGUGCCUUUUCACCCAACAACCGCUAUUCGAAUUACCGAGAUGGCUACUAAGCCAACCGGCUCGGCUUUCCCUGUCAGUAAGAAUUGCUCAAACUCUUUUGCAUUGACUGGCGUUGGCUGUCGUUGCAUUGCGCCAAUAUCCUUUCUAUAUGCUCCUCUGGCUGCUGCGGCGCAAUGACAGGAGCGGCAGCGGCCUAGGCCUUUUAAUGAUGUGGCAGCGUCCGCUUCCGCCUUGACGAAUUCUCAUGUAUUUAACGCCUUUUUGUUUCCCAGCAUAGUAAUUAAUUCCCCGCGGGCACCCGCGUGCCGCACGUUAGCAACCUGACGAAUCACGCUCCCCUCUGGCUUGCAGAAUAGGCCGCGGCCCGACUGUAGAGU